UCUCUCAUUUGAUCUAGUGCACCCACAGACACACACACACACAACGUACACUCUUCCAGUCCUUUGCAGCCUGAGGGACGCACACACGGACGCAGAGACCAAAAAACAACUAAACCACUGUACCGACCAGAGAAGCUCUACACCACAGAUGGGGCCUGGAUUGUUUUGGAACUUCCCUCCCAAGGCUGGCUGCACGGUUCCACAGAGCCUCCUGCAGACCAUGUUGCUGUCCAGGAUGGCGGGAAUGAAGGAGCAGCAGUUCACGGAGGAGAAGCCCCUGCUGCCAGAGCAGCGAGGAGUGGACUCAGACAUGCAGGAUAAAGGAGAAGAGGCAUCGGGGGGGUUACCUUGCCCCGCCAGCCCCGCGCCCCUUAACCACCCCCCUCCCCCCAGCCGCCCCACUCAUCGCUGGCAUGUCAUCGCACGGCACUGGCUCCGCCAGACCCGCCGUCGGACCAGCGGGGUCAUCCCGGAAAGCUGUGAACAGCUGAUGCCGGCAGGGGAUUGGAAGGAGCAUGAUAUUGAGACCCCUUACGGGAUGCUGCAUGUGGUGAUCCGUGGGGCACCCAAAGGAAACAAGCCCGCUAUCCUCACCUACCACGAUGUGGGACUGAACCACAAGCUGUGCUUCAACACUUUCUUCAAUAAUGAGGACAUGCAGGAGAUCACCAAGCACUUUGUGGUUUGCCACGUUGACGCCCCAGGACAGCAGAUUGGAGCAUCACAGUUGCCACAGGGGUACCAGUACCCUACUAUGGACCAGUUGGCCGGGAUGCUGCCCACUGUGGUGCAGCACUUUGGAUUUAAGAGCAUCGUUGGGAUUGGUGUUGGAGCUGGAGCUUACAUUCUGGCCAAGUUUGCUCUGAUCUUCCCUGACAUGGUGGAGGGUUUGGUUCUGCUCAACAUCGACCCCAAUGGCAAAGGCUGGAUCGACUGGGCUGCCACCAAGCUGUCAGGUCUGACCAGCAAUCUGCCAGAUACUGUGCUGCCACAUCUUUUCAGCCAGGAGGAGCUGAUGAACAACACAGAGCUGGUGCAGAGCUACCGGCAACAGAUCAACAACACUGUCAACCAGUUCAACCUGCAGCUUUUCUGGAACAUGUACAACAGUCGGAGGGACCUGGAGAUGAAUCGCAGUGGGACGGUGCUCAACGCCAAGACCCUGAAAUGUCCUGUGAUGCUGGUUGUGGGAGACAACGCCCCUGCUGAGGAGGGAGUGGUCGAGUGCAACUCCAAACUGGACCCAACCAACACCACCUUCCUUAAGAUGGCUGACUCUGGUGGACUUCCUCAGCUCACACAGCCUGGCAAGCUGACUGAAGCCUUCAAGUAUUUCCUGCAGGGAAUGGGCUACAUUGCUUAUGUGAAGGAUCGGAGGUUGAGUGGAGGGCCAGUGCCCUCUGCCAGUAUGACCCGCCUGGCUCGCUCCAGGACGGCCUCCCUGACCAGCGCCAGCUCCGUGGAUGGGUCUCGCUCUCGGGCCUGCACCCAUUCCGACAGCACCGAGGGCGUCGGCACGGUCACCCACACCAUGGAGGUUUCCUGCUGAGGAGUCGGCAAGCCAUAGGAAGAGGGAGGGGGUAAAGGGAUGGAAAGAGAGAGACAGGAAGGGAUGAUUGCAAAGAGGAGAUGGGGGGUGGGGGGUUGUGAUGGUUUGACUACCUCUCGCUGGUCAGACAUGGUAGAGGGUAGAAUGAGACAGCAACAGGAAGUAAAGUUCAUGAACAAGGUGGAGACAGCUCUCUCUGUCUUCAUCUAUCUCCUCCAAAUCCCUUUGUCUGCCAUCUUCUUCCCUCCUCCACUGUAAAAUACCAUAUGUAUUGCUAUUAAAACCCCCAACCACACCUGUCACCCAGCACUUAAAGAUUUAGGUAACUGUUUUUGUUCUCUACAGUAAGUAACAUUCUUGUGUUUGCUAAGUGUCCCCUCAUUCUUUGCCUGCACCCUUUUUAAACCCCCCACGCCCCCAUAAAAAAAGAAAGUAACCCUGUCUGUCAACAAUCCACACCACAAUAUGUGAUAAAGAGCUGCUGUUUAUAAUGUGAUAUUAAAAUCUGCCAGGGACGGUGAAAGUGCAGGAUAUAGCCAGGAAAACAGAACUUUUAGGGGGUACCAUAAUGAAAAAGUGUUAUUUAUCCGUAUUUUGCAAGCAGUUUAUUCUUGUUAUUCUUAUUGUUGUUGUCGUAUGGACAAAAUGUGAGUAUCUCUCUCUCUGUUGUUUGUAAGGGAUGGUUGUUUCUUUCCAUGAGUGACAGGUGAGCGUGUCCAGAAUUUGACAGACAGCAGAACACAGCCUAUCGUAGCCGAUUGCACCUGUAGUGCUUAAAGAGGAUUUGUAAGGUUUUGUAGUCUAAGAGCAUAGCUAGAGUACACCACACUGCUUUAAAGCUGCACUUGGUAAGAUUUUCUGUCAAACUUGUAAACUACACUUAAAAUGCAAAAGUAAUAUCAUCAGCAUACAUGUGUUUCAGGUGUGUAGGCACUGUGAGAAUACUGCUCGGGACAGGUGUAGUACUGACACAGAUGUCGGCCUGUUGUUUAUGGAUGGACCUAUAUUACCAUAAACACUUUUCCAGUAAAGUAUUAAAAAUCCAGCGUAAUAAAAAUCCUUAUUUGUAUUACUAGGUUGAGUCUGUCUGUUCAGGAUAGUCACAGAUUUUUACAUGUGUAGUAUGUGAGACACAAUCUGAGGCUGAAGUCUAUGAAGUCUUUUUACCUCCUGACAGGAAAUUAAACCCAGUCACCAGAUGUACAGUCGUCGUAAGUGCACUGAAACCUAGCCACGACACCACCAGGGAGCUUAGCUGACACAAAUGUGCAGCUUCAUCUAUUUUUGUAUUGCUUUUACUAUGAUAAUCUGUACAUGAUAUGGCCAAAAUAUAACCAAACCGGUGUUUGAAUGAUCUUGAUUUUGAGGAAGAUGACAAUGUGUUUCAGAAAACGAACAAUUCAGAGGUGGAAUUGAACUAGUAUUUUCAGAUUUUAAUCACUUACCCUAUAAUCACUUUCUGUGAAAAUGUCAAUAUCUUACAAAGGGAAGUAUUUAACUACUUUAAAAAGACCACCACUAUAAGCUAAAUAGUUUCAUGGAAAAUGUUUGUAUGUAGCAAGUAAACUGAGGAAUAGAGUUAUGCCUAACAGAGGAAUAUUCUGUAUCUGUAUAAGCCUAAAUUGCAAAAUGGGAUGACAACAUAGAGAUGAACUUAUUCACACUAAUCAGGACACUACAGAUUCUUACAAUUGAAUCACUUAUGUUUGUAAUGUCACUUCUUUGCCUAGGAAGAGAAAAAGCAAAAGCAAACUGUCUCCUAAAUAGCAUUUAAAAAGUGGUCUAUCCAGAGAAAGCUCAAUUCCACUAGGUGUGCUGCUGUAUGGAGAAUCACAGACAGACCAGGCUGGUGAACAUGACCAGUUUACUGAUGUCACAUUAUUGAGUUAAUUAGUUGCCGUGGUAAGUUAAAAUUUUCCCUUGUUGCUACCAUUUGGAGCCACAUAAGUGCAAUGUUGCUGAGUGCAGCUUUAAGCUGUGUGUCAUCUCACAUUUCUAAGACAACCCACUACAUAAUAUAGGCUAGAAUAAGUAUUUAUUAACAUGUAUAUGCAUGUGAAUGUGAAAGUAAUCUUAGGACAUUCUAGUAUCUGAGUAGUAUCUAGUAUUAGGGCAUUUCUUCAUUAGCACCUUACAUGUGGCUAGUUCAGUAGAGCCUUGAAUGCAACCGCCAUCAUCAUUCUGUAACUCCAGUGCAUGGAAGUGGUUCUGGCAGUAGUCGGCUCUUUGUGGUCUCUAACAUGACAAUCACACUCUGACCCAAACCAAACCAGACCAGGGGGACCGAGGCAGGACCAGGCUGACCCGACAAGCUCUCUUUCUGGGUCACCACCAAAGAACUCGCAGCAGUCUUUCCUUACAGCGCCCAGCCCCUCUCUGUGGAUAUACCAAAGCUACACACACACACACACACACACACACGAACAAGUAUCCACAACAACACACAUAUUCCGAUGCACACACAUUUUCACACACCUUCUCAAAUGAAAGCUGUGUGGGCUGUGCAUUGUAAGGGAACUAAGCCAAAGAAAAGACAAAUACACAAAAUUCACACACAAAAAGAUAUUUGUUGCUAUGUGGUCACUGUAUAACCAUAAUCUCACCAGUAUAGUACAUGUAUAUAAGUAUAGUUUUAGACUAGUGAAGCUGUGUGCUGUUAUCUGCUACAACACUGGACCACCUUGUCAAUAGUGAUCAGAGAUGGGGUCCCCUGGUUUUUGGCUUAGUAAUUCAUGUACCAUAGUCACCUUCUCCUGUUUCCAGUUUUACAAAAAACCCUUUGGUCCCCUUUCAGAAGGGGCGUAGCUUCCAAUCGCUGAGGUGUGCGCUUUCCUGAGGUGACCUGUAAGGGGCGGGGCUUUUUUGGAGCCAUUUGGGCACCAAGCGCAGAAUGUAGGGCAACCCCCAGCCACCUUAAAAAAAUAACCCCUUCCUCCUAAAAAAAUUACAAGGUGCCCCGGCUCUCACAGGCAAACCCAGUCGCACCCUAAAGGGCUAUCAGCUGAAGUCACUUUUUAAAAUGUUGGUAGUGUUAGUCGUGUUUCUGAGCACCUGGGGGACCUAGAGAGCAGCAGAUUGAUAGAGAAUAAGUUUUUUUCAAAGAAGAGAAGGGAUUGUUACUAAAACAUAGAGAGAGAUUCUGACCUAAAAAAUAGUGAAUGGAAGAAUGUUGGAAAAUGAAUGUGAUUUUGUUAAACCUGGAGAGAUUAUUGUUGAAUUUUUUUUUAAAUAUCCAAUAAAUGUGUUAGUUUUAAAAAAAAUCCUGACACGUGGGAAAGAGAGAUUAUGAGAAGACAUUAGACAGUCAGAUCAAACACCUCAGUCACUCCUCACAGAACCUCAUGGAUGAAUUUCAUAAACACUGAAGUGUGCAUGUAGCAGAGUUAGUAUAUAAUCAUCUUUCAGUGUUUUCUCUCUUCAGUAAGCUACUUUCUGCCAUUACACUUUGGUUUCCUCCUCCAUGACUUCUACCCAAACUGCCUGGGGGGCUCCUGAAUGUAUUUUGUCCCUUUUUGAAGUGCUGUACAGUAUUGUCAACCUACGCCUCUCAGAUCCCUUCACUAUAGUUUGCACUUCUAUCCCUGGCCCACAUCUUCGACAUUUAACCCUGUACAUGAAAACCCAGCUACUUCCUGCUCCUCCUCAAGGUCUAUAAAUAGUGAAGUUCAGUAGCGAUUUGUGAUAGUCCACAGUAAGCUGGCACUGGAUCAGUUUGUAUAGACCUUGGUCCUCCUUGCACUUGUAGAUACUUUUUAUUUAUAGAGCAGGUUACCCAAACUGAACACUCUAACACUGCUGUAUUGUGAAGAAAAUUUCAACAUAUUUCUGUUCCUCUUUCCUUGGAGUUUCUCUUUUUUGUAGAAAACAAUAGGGUGUAACCUCAUCUUAGUAUAAUUAUAUUGGUUAAUGUGUACUACUAAUAUUCUUCUUACUGUCAUUAUGAUUGAUUUGUAUUGAGCAAUAAGUUCUUUUUUUUCUCGUUUGGAUUGUUUCAUAUUGUGGGAGUCUUCCCUAUGAGCUUGUUUCUAUUCACAACAGUAAAAGGACUCUUACCUGCUUUGUUGUCAUUCAGAGUUUAAAUAUAUUAUAUAUAAAUACAUAUACAAAGUAAGCUGUCUCUGUCCAUGUACUGAUCAAGUAACAAGUAAGUAAUAAAGACUAUGUCAGAA